AUGCUAGUGCAUUGUAUUAGCGGUCUCAACAGUGAAGUGUUAGAUACUGUUUCUUUUAGAGGUAGGCAAGGUGAAGUGGACGAGAAAUCUCCAAAUCAGAUGAGCCAGAAUCUUAAUAAUACUAAGAUCAACACGGAAAGAUUGGUACAACCUUUUUCUCUUGAAAUUAUUCAGAACUGGUUACACAAUAAUUUACUAACAAGUAAGGUCAAAGAUACAUUCGAUCAUUUAACAAAUGCUGUGAGUUCUUGGAAAAAUAUAUUACAUUUAAGUAACAAUAGUAGCGAAGUAGUUGGAAAACAAGAGAUUACUUCAGAUAAUAUACUUAAUAGUAAUAAAGAAGUAAUUUUGGAUAUUCAGACCCCAAACACUAUAAGUAAGAUGAAAGGUGUAAAUACAACAAACACAACUCUAGGGAUGAUAAUUGACCAAGCUUUUCAAGAUGUCCUGUAUCACGAUGUAGAUCGUUCUAAUUUAAUUGGUAUCAUCAAGAGUGAUAAUACAUCAACUAUGAACGUAAAUUCUUUAGCUUGGGAAAUGGCAAAUACCCAAAAUAUUGUAGGAGCUAAUUCUGCAGUGAUAAUACUGGAAAAUUAUCCAACAAACCAUGUUGCAGCAAAAAACCUCUUGCUAAAGGCUUUAAGGCCAAAUAUUGAUAUUUUCAGUAUAAUUAUUUCAGCAAACAAAGUUAUGCGUAAUCUUCUGCAACAAGGUGAGUUAAGUGAUAAGAGGCAUGAUAAGUCACUAGACGAAUUGGAAAAAAAGAUAAAUUCUGGAGAAAUAGAGAUGAGAUCAAAGUCAGGAUUACCAAAUUCAUCAAAAACACAAAAGAAACCCUGGUAUGAGCCAUUAAAGGAAUUGGGUAUUUGUCUUUUGAAUAACAAAAAAACGAUUUUUGAUGCAGUUAUAUAUAUUAUUGAAAUGUCUUUAGGAUCAACACCUAUUGGUUUAGUAGUUGUAACUGUUGUACGUGUAAUAUCGGCAAUUAUAUCAUUGAUAUAUGAUAUGGUUCAGAAAAGAAGAGGAAAUUCCAAUUUGAUAAGAGUGCUUAGAAAUUUAGAUAAUGUAAAGGCAACAUAUUCAGCUAAAGCUUCUUUAGGAUCAAAAUUAAUUGAGACUGUAGCAUCUAAUAUGCAGUCCAUCAGUGAUUCUCAAUUCCGUUUAGCAUUGAUGUUUGAUUCUAUAACUGAAUUGGCAGAGCAAGUUCAACAAUCGGAGAUGAAAACUGAAACUCAAGUCAUUCAACGAAAGCUUGAGAGUGUGAUAAAUUCGACAUAUUCAGUCAUUGAUAAUAAUACCAAUCAUACAAUAUUAAAUGAAAGUUUCUUAAGAAGGUUGAAUUCAAUAGACAAUAUGGAAGCCUAUGUAGGAGUGAGCAUUAAGGAUCAUUCAUUUUACUCAAAAGCUGCUGAUAAACUGGAAAACUUGGCAAAGGAGAUAUAUAAAUUACAUUGGGAUAACCCUUAUAAAGUGAGAAUACUUAGUAAUUCUUCAGAAAAAUCAAGUUUAGCCAAUAAGAACCAGGAAGUCUCAUAUUCAAAAGAAAGUAAUCCCCCAUUGACAACAGGAAGCAAGGAAAAGUGGUAUGAUGGUUUAAUUGCAUUUGCUAAUUCAGCAACAGUAACUGAUGGUGUUCCUGCUGUAUUAGAUAUGCUAAUAGAUUUAUUUGGCACAAUCUUUAAAGGUAGUUCAAUUGGACCUCCAGUAUUAGCAGUAAUAAAAGUUGUUGGAUAUCUAGUUGAGACUCUCAUCAAAGUAUUCGCUCAAACUUCUGCUAAAAGACAAUUAAUUCAAGUAUCAAGAACCAUUCCAGAGAAGAUAAUUGGGAAUAAUAAUUACAUUGAUCAUGUACUGCAAUCAAUUACAAAUUUGAAUGACCAAAUAAAAGUCGAGUUACUUCGUAUAAAUAAGUAUAUUCGACAAUUAAAAAUAGAGGAUGAUAAUAUUGAUCUACAUUUGGGAAAUGAAGAUUGGGACUUAGAAGAUGUAUUAAAUUUCCAAGGUUCACUUGAUAUGGCUAUCUUAAACAAUAAAGAACUGGCUUCUAUGGAAUACAGGCAAAAUUCUGUCACAGAAAAUCAUUUUUCAAAUUCAAGGUCAUUAAGUGAGUCAUCACUAUACUUAUUAAACCAGAGUGAAUUUGAAUUUCAUGACUUCUUAUCUAAAAUUGGUAACUUUUUUGAAGGUACAUUUGAUAAAAUACGUGAUAUUGUAAGAAAUAUAUUCACAAAAUUAUUUCAUGGGGAGAAGUUACUAAACUUUAUUGAAGAAUUCAUUCACUUAACUAUUGAAUUAGUCAAAGCAAUAUACAAUGUUAUUCGAAAUAAAAGUACACAAAGGCUCCUCUUACAUUCAAUAGAGCUUUCUGAUGACCCUACUUUGCACAGCAUAUUAGAGUCAGAACUCUACAAGACUGUCACAGUAGGACAGGAUAUGUCAGCAUUUAAUUUCAUAAUGUAG